CCUCAUUCAUUAUUGCACUCUCUUGUGGUUCAUAUUGUGUAUAUUUUUAAAUAAUGAGGUUAUGCAGACUUUAUUUAUAGCUUUGGAUGAUUACUCUAGAGAUAACAGAGGUGAUGUUGGUUUUUGGGUUCGUGAGGCUGCCAUGGAUGGCCUUGAGAUAUGCAAAUAUAUUCUAUGCAAAAGAGGACUCAAGGACUUCUCAAGCAAGUCAGAACAAAUGGAACUUGGAUCUGUUCCUCAGUUGGUAUAUCUAUAAUGGCCAUAGCUUGCGCAUGUGCCCUUGGUCUUGCUACUCCAGCUGCCGUCAUGGUUGGCAAAGGAGUUGGUGCUUCUCGAGGUAUCUUGAUUAAAGGUGGGCAGGCUUUGGAAGGUGAACAAAAGGUGAACUGUAUAUUGUUUGAUAAGACAGGGACCUGAUAAUGGGCAAACCAGUUGUUGUAAACACAAAGCUUUUCAAAUCUAUGGUACUUCGAGAAUUUUACAAAUUGGUUGUGGCAGUUAAGGUACAUUUAAGUCUAGUUUAGACUUCUUGAAUGCAUUAUCACAAUUACCAGCCCCUGUUGUGUGGUGUAUUCUUUCCUAAUGUUUGCCCUACUAGUUCUUUCACUCUUGUUAACUUAGUUAUGUUUCCGUUGUCCUAACAGAGCAACUUAGUUGAUAAAGUUUCAGACUUUGAAGUGAAGUGUUUUUAGUUUUGUUAGAUCUAUAUAAACUUACCCAUCCUUGAGCCGAGGGUCAACCUCUCUACCUUUGAGGUAGAGAUAAGGUUGGCGUACAAUCGAACCUCCCUCCGUGAA